AUGGAGCAACACAUAGGACCACUCGGAUUCGCUGAGAUCAUGCAAGCUCUCUUGGUUUCUAUUCCUUUGGUCUUUGAUGCGCAAACCAGUCUUAUAUCCAUAUAUUCCGUCGMUCAGCCCGAUGCGAGGUUUGUAGCAACCCACAAGGAAGUGGAACGCUCGUCCUUGUGUGGAUUGUCAACUGGAGAAUGGGAGUGGAUUGGCGGAAACGAAAGCACUAUUGUUGCUGAGUGGAAUCUCAUAUGUCAACACAAGUUUCUUGUUGCUCUUCCCUCCACCCUCUUCUUCAUUGGCUCUCUCUUUGGUUCCGGUGUCUAUGGAUACCAUGCUGAUUCAUGGCUUGGUCGGAAAAAGACAUUGUUUCUCUCGUGUCGGGAAUUGGAACUUGUUGCGUUGUACUCGCGACCGAGGACCGAGGUCGUGGGUAAAAAAUGGCGAGGACAAGCAGGGCAAUACGGUUUCUUCUUCUUCGCAUUAGGGUUUCUUUCUCUACCACUCAUGGCUUACGUAGAGAAGAAAUCAUGGAGACUUUAUCGACUAGUGUCGUAUCUUCCUCUCGGCUAUGCCAUUCUUACGUUCCCUUUUAUCGUCGAGUCUCCUCGCUGGCUUCUAGUCAAAGGACGCAACAAAGAAGCCAUUGAGGUCUUGGAGAAACUCGCAUGGCUCAACAGGAAAAAACUUCCAACGGAUCUCAACCUCGUGAAUCCCUUUUUCGCACGGGACGGUAUAAGGGCGUCAGAGAAUCUUUGGAAGACAAAAUGGGCGGUUAAAAGAGUUGUAAUGUUUCAACCUUUAUAUAUCCGUUGCUAUCAACGCACUCAUGGAGAUUCUCGCGGUCUUCAUAGGAACAUUUCUCCUAGGAACCAUGAACCGCCUUCCACUCUUCUCGAGUUUGUCAUUCAUUGCCGGACUCCGUGCUUACUCUGCGGGAUGUUCUCGCUUCGCCGCUUGUCAACCAUCACUAAAUGGAUGCAGCUUGUGGUGGAGGCUGUAGGGUUUAUGUCAUCAGAGAUGGCUUACAACGUUUUGUACAUCUAUUGCAUCGAGUUGUUCCCUACAAACAUGAGGAACUUUGCGGUUUCACUUUUACGUCAAGCUUUUGUGUUAGGUGCGGCUGUAGCGCCGUGGCUGGUCGCGUUGGGAAGAGAAAACCCGAUAGUAUCCUUUGCGGUGUUUGGCAUUGUGUCGAUGUUGAGCGGUGUGGCUAAUCUUUGGCUAAAGGAAACUCGAAAUGUUCCUUUGUAUGAGACGCUCACGCAACAAAGGGAAGAAGAAGAAUUGCUUAAUUGA